UCCGCCGGGUGGCCGUGGGCCCCGCGCCCGGGCACCCGCCUGCUUCUCCCGGGCUGCGCCUGAGGCUGUCCCCGGGCCUCGUCCACCCCGGGCGGCCAGCGGGUCCCUGCCCCGCGCUCCUGUCGCCUGCUCCCGGCCCUGCCUGCGUCCCACCCGCCCAGAGUCCCGCCGUCCCUCGGCCUGGGUGACCCGUGCGGUGGCCGACGCGGGGCAGGGUGUGGAUCGCCACUCGGCUGGACCCUGCCGCCUCUCUCACCUCGUCUCCUGUCCUCCGCGAGGCCACCCGCCUCCACCCCGGAGGCCGCCCGAUCGCGGGGACCACGGAAUGGGUUUCUGAGGAAGACACUGCAGGAGCAGGCCCCAGGACGCAGCAUGCCCCGAGGCUGGGCGGUGCCCGUGCUCCUGCUGGUGCUGCAGGGUGGCUGGGGCUGCCGGGAUCUCGUGUGCUACACUGACUACCUCGAGACGGUCACCUGCGUCCUGGAGACGUGGAGUCUCCACCCCGGCACGCUCACUCUCACCUGGCAAGACCAGUACGGAGAACUGGGGGACGAGGUCACCUCCUGCAGCCUCCACAGAUCCGGCCACAAUGCCACCCACGCGAAGUACACGUGCCACAUGGACGUGUUCCACUUCAUGCCCGAUGACGUCUUCAGUGUCAACGUGACAGACCCGACCGGCAACUCCUCCCGGGAGUGCGGCAGCUUCAUCCUGGCUGACAACAUCAAGCCGGCUCCUCCUUUCAACGUGACGGUCACCUUCUCGGGACACUACAACGUCUCCUGGUGCUCUGACUACGAAGAGCCUGACUUCUACGCGCUGAGGGGCAGGAUGCAGUAUGAGCUGCAGUACAGGAAUCGCGGGGACCCCUGGGCUCGGAGCCCGGUGACAAAGCUGGUCUCAGUGGACUCGAGGAGCGUCUCCCUCCUGCCCUUGGAGUUCCGCCAGGGCUCCAGCUACGAGCUGCAGGUGCGGGCGGGGCCCCAGCCGGGCUCCUCCUUCCGGGGGACCUGGAGUGAGUGGAGCGACCCCGUCAUCUUUCAGACCCCGCCGGAGGAGUCCAGGGGAGGCUGGGGGCCCCCCCAGCUGCUGCUGCUGCUCCUGCUGGUCAUCUUGGGCCCCGUCCUUGUCUUCCUGGGCCUGAAGGUCCACCUGCCUUGGAGGCUGUGUAAGAAGGUGUGGGCGCCCGUGCCCAGCCCGAAGCGGUUCUUCCAGCCCCUGUACGAGGGCCACGGUGGGGACUUCAAGAGAUGGGUGGGCUCGCCCUUCUGUGCCCCCAGCCUGGACCCAGGGCCCUGGGGCACCGUGGUACUGUCCACCCUGGAGCUGCCCGCCUGCGUCCCCCCACGGAGUCCAGCCAAGGGACUGGAGUCCCCAGGGCUGGCGGGGCCCGCGGACCUGCUGGAGACCGACGGGGUGUCCGAGCCUCGCUCCUGGGGCCCGGCCUCCCCCAGAGCAGGUGGCUCCGGAGGCUCAGCCUUCGGGGAGGAGAGGGACCGUCCGUACGGCCUGGUGUCCAUCGACACGGUGACCGUGGUGGACGCCGAGGGACCGUGCACCUGGCCUUGCAGCUGCGGGGACGAUGGCUACCCCGCCCUGAGCCUGGACACCAGCCUGGAGCCGGGCCCCGGGGACCUGCUGCUGGGCCCGGCCACCACGGUCCUGUCCUGCGGCUGCGUCUCGUCGGGUGGCCCUGGGCUGGGGGGCCCCAUGGGCAGCCUCCUGGACAGGCUGGAGCUGACCCUGGCCGACCAGGAGGGCUGGUCCCCAGGGGGUGCCCCAGACAGCGAGGCCGGGUCCCCAGCCGCCGGCCUGGACAUGGACACCUUCGACAGCGGCUUCGCGGGCUCCGACUGCGGCAGCCCCGUCGAGUGUGACUUCGCUGGUCCCGGGGACGAGGGGCCGCCCCGGAGCUACCUCCGCCAAUGGGUGGUCAGGAGCCCUCCGCCCGCUGGCCCCACGGCCCAAGCCAGCUAGCGAGGCGGUGACCCAGCUGCCCUGUCCCCAGCUGGCCACCACAGACGGCCACCCGGGCACUAGCAGAGACAGGCCCGCGGCCCUCGGUCCCCGGGGAAGGGGCCUCUGGGCCUGUGGCUCACGGUGUGCGUGGCUGGGUGUGCGGUGGCGUGUCCCCAGCUGCAUGUGGCCCUGGCUGUGACAGAGCACCCGCAGGCACAGGCAAGGGCCGCCGGUCCACCAGCCUACUGGGCUCAGGCACUGCCUGUGACAGGUGCCAAGCCAGGCCCCAGGUCCCGGGAAGAGUCCAGCAGCCACACGUCCAGGCUGUCCCUGCAACCUCUCGGAAGGGCUGGGGAGGGGGUGAGCCCUCAGGGCGCAGGAAGAUUCCGCCCAGGGGGCCGCGGCUGUGCUGCCCAGACAAGUCGCACUCCCUCUCUGGGCUGCUUCCUCACCUGUACAGGAGCCUGGCCAGCCCCGGGGUGGGGAGGCCCCGGUUCAGUCUGCAGCCUGAGCAGCCCCUCCGCCAGCUUCCUGCCCGUGCAGAGGUGGCUGGGGUGAGAAACCAGGUGACACUGACAGCCUGGGCCCAGGGCCCUCUGAAGCGGGUACUCGGGGUUUCCGGGCCUCGAACCGCUCAGCCGUGUCCCUUGGAAACAGUCCCUGCCACCAGGGUUCUUUUUUUGGCUUCUGCUGCCCAUUAAAAAAAUCCCCUUUUGUACCCUCAAAAAUAUUCAUCAAGCACCAGGUACAGGCUGGGCACGGUGCCAGGCGCUGGGAGCCCAGAGUGGGCACGGUGCCCACGGGACCCGCCCUGUGCACUCACGGGCGUCGGGGACACACGGAGGAACCAGUGGCCGGAGGCCACGUCCUCUGGGCCCCUGCAGCGGCCCAGCGCCCCCAGCCCUGAUGUCUUAUGUGUUCAGCCCGGGGACUCGGGGACUCGGGGACAGUCGGUUUUCAGUGACUUCUCAGAGCCUGUUGAAAAUGAAUGAAGCCAUGUCACCAGCCCCACUUCAGUCCCAGAGCCAGCUGUGGGUGACAGACGAUUCAUAAACGCCUCUAUUUGUAUUUUCAAGCAGUUAGGCAGCCUUCCCUCCAAGGGUGCCCACCUAGAGGUGGCGUCUCGGGGCCAACAGGGUCAAGGAGCCCCGGGGAUCCCCCACCCGGCCUGGAAACCUCCCGUGGGAGCCGGGUCGGCUGGGCGAGGAGGCAGCGGGGGUUAGUUCUGCUGACAGUCUGCCCAGGACUUUCCUGUGAAGCAAGGCAGUUGGGAGAAGUUGCUGAGAGAGAUACUGGAGGAGUCCUCAGUGAGCGCCUGGAAAGUUCUGGAAUGCUGGGGACUGGGGACCUGGGACCAGGUCCUACUCGUGUGAGAGCCCCCCGCCCCGCCCCCUGGACACUUGGGCUGAGGUCGCUGUGGUUGUCACACCUCCCCCGAGCGGCAGUUGGAAGGUGCCACCUGCAGACACCACCUGAGUGGAGGCUCCCCGGGGAGGCUCAGUUCUCCAGGGGGCUGUGGCCUGGGGCGACGUCCCUCCCCGACUCCACCUUUGAAGGAGAGGCCGCACGUGGACAGGGCGGCAGAGGCUGGAGCCAAGAGAGGCCCCCACCAAGGAUGGACAGGAAGUAGGUGGGUGGACGGCCAGGUGGACGGAUGGAAGGACAAACAGAGGUGGAGAGACAGAGCCGGACGCAGAAGACAAAGCCCGAGACCUGCCUCCUUCACUGACCUCCCCCAGCCUGGUGCAUAGUAGACACUCAAUAAAGCCUGGUUUGUAGCUCUC